GGGAUCAGAGUGAGGUAAAGUGCGGAUUGGUUAUUCGCAUAUCUGCCGCUGCAAGGGCGUUCCGCCGCUUAAAAAUAAAGAAACUGCAAAUUUAGUAUGCAGACGCUAGGAAUUACAUUCCUGUCACCCCCUGUCAAACUCAACUUUUCCUGACGUAGAACUGCUCUACUUGUUAAGUUGUACCAAGAUUAGCGAUUAUAAUAAAUUACAUCUUAAAACAUUGAGAGAAGGCGUGAUAAUGCAAGGUAGUUGUAGGUCCUGACUAACUCCCUGGCCUCGCAACAUCGUUCACCAUCAUUGUCGAAGUCGUGCCCGAGCACCCUAAUGACUGCCAAGCCGGUCUGAAGAUUUUUUGGAGCUACUCACGCCACCCCGCGAUAUCGGACGUCGGACAUCGGACGUGGAGAGGCUGGUGCCCCUCAGUUUCUGCCCUUGAAACAAUUUUCGCGCCGCACACCAAAAAGUCCACGAACGCGCGGUCGCGUCCACACCCAACACCAUGACGACAACGACAGAGACGACGGUCAUCCGGGUGCCCUGCUCGUCGGCGAACAUCGGGCCUGGCUUCGACGUCAUCGGACUCGCGCUCAACCUCUACCUCGAACUGCAGGUCAGUGUCACGGGCCAAGAGUCGUCGGAGCACUCGCUCAACUGCAAAAUCACAUACGAGGGCGUGGGCGCAGAGGACGUGCCGCUGGUCGCCCAGGACAACCUCAUCACGCGCACGGCCGUGUACGUGCUCCGCUGCCAUGGCGUCCGCGCCUUCCCCGCCGGGACACAGGUCCACGUCAAGAACCCCAUUCCGCUCGGGCGCGGGCUGGGCUCGUCGGCGGCGGCCAUUGUCGCGGGCGUGCACCUGGCCAACGAGGUGGGCGCGCUGGGGCUGUCCAAGGCGCGCAUGCUCGACUACUGCCUGAUGGAGGAGCGCCACCCCGACAACGUCGCCGCGGCCCUGUAUGGCGGCUUCGUCGGCACUUACCUCAACGAGCUCUCGCCAGAAGACACGGAGCGCCUCGAGAUCCCCCUCAGCGAGGUGCUGCCGCAGCCCGCGGGCGGCGUCGACACUGGCCUGCGCCCGCCCGAGCCGCCCCUCAACAUCGGCCACUACACCACCUUCAACUGGUCGCCGGCCAUCAAGUGCAUCUGCGUCAUUCCCCAGUUCGAGGUGUCGACGGCCAAGGCCCGCGCCGUCCUGCCCGACUCGUACUCGCGCAAGGAUGCCAUCUUCAACAUGCAGCGCCUGGCUGUCCUCACCACCGCCCUGGGCCAGUCACCGCCCGACCCCGGCAUGAUCUACACGGCCAUGCAGGACAAGCUGCACCAGCCCUACCGCCGCGGCUUGAUCCCCGGCCUCACCGAGAUCCUGCAGUCUGUCACACCCCAGUCACAUCCGGGUCUGCUCGGCAUCUGCUUGUCAGGCGCGGGACCGACGAUAUUGGCCCUGGCCACGGACAACUUCGACUCCAUCGCAGACCACCUGCUGGCCCAGUUCAAAGCAGAGGGCAUCACGUGCGACUGGAAGCUCCUCGAGCUUGCCCAGGAUGGCACCACGGUCACGCGUCCCUCAACGACCACCACCACCACAUCCGAGGCUGGCGAUGCCUUGACAUAUGCUGCGUCGGGAGUCAGCAUCGACGCCGGCAAUCAGCUCGUGAAGCGCAUCAAGGCCUCGACUGCCAGCACCAGACGACCUGGCGCAGAUGGCGAGAUUGGCGGAUUCGGCGGGUUGCUCGAUCUCCAGGCUGCCGGUUACACAGAAGCACCCAUUCUCGUUGGCGCAAUCGACGGUAUCGGCACAAAGGUCAAGAUUGCGUUCGAGAUGGGCAAGCACGACACGGUGGGCAUCGACCUCGUCGCCAUGAACGUCAAUGAUCUGGUCGUCCAGGGCGCUGAGCCUCUCAUGUUCCUCGAUUACUACGCCUGCAGUAAGCUCGACGUUGAGAGUGCGGCCAAGUUCGUCGAGGGUGUGGCAACCGGCUGUCGCCAAUCGGGCGCCGCUCUGGUGGGCGGCGAGACGGCUGAAAUGCCGGGCAUCUACAAGGCCGGCGAGUACGACGCAGGUGGUGCAGCCAUUGGCGCCAUCAAGAGGGGCGCAACGAUCCUGCCAGACUUUGCGUCGAUGAAGGAGGGCGACGUUCUGCUCGGUCUUGCGUCGAGUGGCGUGCAUUCCAACGGCUUCUCUCUCGUCCGCAAGAUCGUGGAGCGUAAAGGUCUUUCGUUUCACGAUACCGCACCGUGGAGCACAGGCGACAAGAUUGGCACAGCGCUGCUCACCCCAACACGGAUAUACGUCAAGCCGCUGCUGGCUGCCGUACGUCGCGGCGUCAUCAAAGGCAUGGCACACAUCACGGGUGGCGGCCUCCUCGAAAACAUCCCGCGCAUGCUCCCCAAGACACUGGCAGCCGAACUCGACGCAAAGACGUGGCCUGUGCCGUCCGUGUUCAAGUGGCUGAAGGAGGCGGGGAGACUUGAGCACAGCGAGUUUGCACGAACGUUCAACACGGGACUCGGCAUGGUGCUGGUGGUCAGUCGCGACGAGGUGCAGUCGGCCACGGAGAUUCUGCAGGAGCACGGCGAGCAGGUGUUUACUGUUGGGCGGCUGGUGGCACGAGCAGACAAGGACGAGGAGUGCGUGGUGAACAACAUGGACGUGUGGGGGUGAGGCGCGUCUGGUCAGCGAGAAGGCAUUUCGUUGCGAUGUGACUUGACGGCUGCCUGCUUUUUUUCCUUUGAUAUCCGCACCUAGACUUGAAACGAAGGUAUCGAUACAUGACAUGCACCAGCGUGAGCCACGAUGCAGGCUCGAGGCUAGAAAGCCGCACAUGCUUCUAGUCUCUGCGCGAGUGUCUACGUACAUGCACGCGCAUGCAGGCCGGGGGUGGUCGCGAUAGCAUGGCGUGGUUUCUGUGGAGAGGGGACGUGUUGGGGACGUGUUGGCUGGACGCUACCUGGGCAGCGUGCGUGUGUGGAGGCUGAGACACGACAAAUGAGGGUGGCAUGCGCGCUGGGGCGGGCGGUUUUGUUGGGACA